AUGGUCGAGCCGCCGCCUGUGUUGAAACCGCCGCGUGGUACGGUGGCCUACUAUUAUGACAAUGAUGUAGGAAACUUUUCGUAUGGCUUUGGUCACCCAAUGAAGCCGCAUCGAAUGCGCAUGGCGCACAGUUUGAUUCUCAACUAUGGUCUGGACAAGUACAUGCAUAUCCUACGACCACCAAGGGCUACUCGUGAGCAAAUGACGCGGUUCCAUACAGACGAGUAUAUUGACUUUCUCAGUCGUGUAUCUCCCGAGACGGCACAGGAGCUGACCGGCGACGGCACUCGAUACUUGAUUGGCGAGGACUGCCCUGCGUUUGAUGGACUCUUUGAGUUUUGUCGGAUUUCUUGUGGUGGCUCGAUCGCGGGGGCGCACCGCCUGAAUGAGGGCCUUACUGACACGGUCAUCAAUUGGUCUGGUGGAUUACACCAUGCUAAAAAGCGGGAGGCUAGUGGAUUCUGCUAUACAAACGAUAUCGUUCUCGCGAUCCUGGAGCUAUUGCGCACACACUCGCGUGUCUUGUACAUCGAUAUUGAUGUGCACCAUGGAGAUGGCGUUGAGGAAGCUUUCUACACUACGGAUCGUGUUAUGUCCUGUUCUUUCCACAAGUUCGGCGACUUUUUCCCGGGCACUGGUGAUCUCAAGGAUGUGGGCAUGAAGCGCGGCAAGAAAUAUGCCGUCAAUGUACCCCUGCGGGAUGGCAUUGACGCAGAUACCUUUGGCUCUAUCUUCCGUCCCGUGAUCCGGCACAUCAUGGAGUGGUUCCGACCUGGCGCCGUGGUGCUGCAGUGCGGGGCCGACUCAUUGGCCGGUGACAAACUAGGCUGCUUCAAUCUGAGCAUGCGCGGUCAUGCGAGCUGUGUCGAAUUCGUGCGCUCGUUUGGUGUGCCUAUGAUGUGCCUGGGCGGCGGUGGCUAUACAGUGCGCAAUGUUGCUCGCACAUGGACGUACGAGACAGGUCUCUUGCUGGGCAAGGAACUGUCGUCGGAUCUUCCGUUCAACGAGUAUAUCCAGUAUUUUGGGCCCGAGUACAAGCUUGAUGUACCGCCUACGAGCAUGGACAAUCUCAACACGCCACAGUAUUUGGACCACGUGCGAACACGCAUCAUCGAUAACUUGCGCUCUAUGCCUUUUGCUCCGAGUGUUCAGAUGCAGGACGUGCCAGGGCCGUCGCUGUACGAGGCUACCGGUAUGGAUCUUUCGGACGACGAGGAUUCUGACUUGGACGAGCGCAUCACGCAGCAAAUGCGCGACCACCACACACAGCGUGGGGGCGAUGAACUGAGUGAUGACGAAGAUGAAGAUGAUGGGCCAGACGCAGUGGCCGCCUACGAGUCUGAUCUCGCUAUUUUGCGUGGCCAGCGACCGCCGCCCAUGGGCUGGACACCCGACUGGCAUAUGCGCCAGUCCAUGAUGCCCGUUCAUCCGCCACCAUUGGGCCAUGCCCCCUCCAUGUUGCCAUUUCCUCCUGCGUAG